AUGGCGUCUUCCAGCAGUUCGACGAACGUGGCCAAAGCGGUCCACCCGCAUUCGACGUUUCAGCGGAGUCCGUUCACUAAGGCCAAAUCUCAGUCCUCCCGAUUGAACGUGGCCGCGGCACCGUUUGUGUCUUCGACGCUUGGCCAGAAGGCCACCGGCGGGAUGCGCAGCGGCAAGAGCAUGCCCGAGAUCGGUUACAUCGGCGAACUGCCGGUCAACAGCCGCAUCUGGAGCAGCAUCUCGAGCCAUCCGUUGGAGCAGAAGGUCGCCGUCCGGAGCACCACUCCGAGCGAGCUGUUCCAGUACUACCAACAGCAGCAGCAGCACCACCACCAACUCCAGCAACAGCAGCAGCUGAUUCCGUCAAUUCCGCGUCACCUGACUUGCGACUCGCUUGCGGUGACGCCGGUCCAGCAGUUCGGUCCGGUGGCCAUGCCCAACGGGAUCAUCCAGCUGCGGCUGCGGGACGGCGUCGUCAUCGAGAUGACCAUCGACAAGUCGCUGAAGCUGAUCAACAGCCAGGAGCACGUGACCAUCGCGCUGUCCCACAACGGGACGCUGUCGGCGCUGAAGCACCCGAACGGAAUCGUGUUCCAGAACGGGCCCAAGGUGGACAUUGUUGCGUACGAUGGCCGCCGGAACAAUUCGUACAUUCGUUACGCAAAAAUGUGGCAAAAGGGAAUCAGCCUGACGAGCGAGGGCUGCGCCCUGAUUUACCUGGUCGACGCGGCCGGAACGCGCACCACCUCGGACAUGAUUAACAUCGACCUGAACACGGACUACAUCAGUCCGGUGUUUUUCAAUGGAGCCCGCGUCGGUGCCCAGUUCUGCGCAGAGGCGGAGACAAUUGCCCAGGGUGCAAACUUUUGGCUCAACGAUGACGGCACGGAGCAGUUCCAGCUGAACGGGUACCGCAUCCAGCAGACCGUGGACGGACUGGUGAAGGUGGCCCGCAUGAACAACCGUUGCAACAUCCGGACGAGCCCGACGAACGGUUCGGCCACCAUUACGACGCCCAACAUCCACUGCACCGCCUCGAUGGGUCAAACUUCGCAUCUGUUUGUGCGCCGCGAGGAACGUCGAAUGCACUUUGACGGCACAUCAAUCGUGGUCCGCAAUGCGGGCCAUUCCGCCGGCUUCGACGAGUGGAACCGGCUGCGGGUGUACUAGCUGGUGUGUGGACUUGGACUUGAACCACUUUUCCCCCG